AUGGCUUCUCCUACCAGUGCGCCGCGUCGCUUCCUCAAGCCACUCCUCUACUCCGCAGCCGCGCUCGCCGGCGUUGGUGUAGCCGUCAUAUAUGUUUCCUACCGGCCCAUCAAUGUCCCCGGGUCCCAAGGGGCCAUCGUACCUGUGCAACGCACAGAAGAUGGGAAAAUCAUACCACCUAAAUUCCCGUUGAUAAAGUCUCGGGCGGAGCAAAUCGCAGACCUUCGAAAAAGUGGCGGGCUAGUGGGGACGGGCUCAGACACAACCAUUACACAGCAGAUCAGGAACAGCUUCGACAGACUCCGCAGCGCAACGAGCACGACGGACGAGAAAGAUGCGGUCCUCGCCGCAGACCAAGACGCUGGCGAGCCGUAUGAUUUGCUUGUCAUCGGCGGAGGUGCCACAGGCUCAGGCAUUGCACUCGAUGCCGCAACACGAGGACUCAAAGUCGCACUUGUUGAACGAGACGAUUUCGCUGCCGGCACGAGUAGCAAGAGCACGAAGCUUGUACAUGGCGGCGUUCGAUAUCUCGAGAAGGCGGUCUGGGAACUGGACUACAAUCAGUACGCCCUGGUCAAAGAAGCUUUGCGCGAAAGGAAGUAUUUCCUCGAAACCGCACCACACUUGAGCACGUGGUUGCCCAUCAUGAUACCGCUACAGAAAUGGUGGCAGGCGCCAUACUUCUGGGCAGGUACAAAAUUCUACGACUUCUUGGCUGGCAGCGAGGGCAUUGAAACCAGUUAUUUCCUGACCAAGAGCAAAGCGCUGGAUGCAUUUCCAAUGCUGAAAAAAGAGAAUCUCAUAGGUGCCCUCGUGUACUACGACGGUGCACACAACGAUAGCCGGAUGAACGUGAGUAUUGCGGCAACGGCGGCGUUGUAUGGCGCAACUGUUGUGAACCACUUGGAAGUUACCCAGUUGACCAAGGAUGCAAACGGCCGACUGACCGGCGCCGUGGCGAGGGAUGUCAUUGAUCUAAAAAAUGGCGGCAGGGGAGCUCCAAUCACGAUACGUGCGAAAGGCGUUAUCAAUGCCACGGGUCCAUUCUGUGAUAGCAUUAGAAAGAUGGAUGACCAGAAGGCACAAGAAAUCGUGGCGCCAAGCUCAGGUGUCCAUGUUGUCCUCCCGGGAUACUAUAGCCCCCAGAAGAACAGUAUGGGCUUAAUCGAUCCGAGCACGAGUGACGGCCGAGUCAUUUUCUUCUUACCGUGGCAGGGUAAUACGAUCGCUGGAACGACGGAUGCACCGUGUAAUAUCACCCAGCAGCCUAUUGCAGGUGAGGACGAGAUCGGAUGGAUCUUGAACGAGAUCAAAGGCUAUUUGUCGCCUGAUAUCAACGUAAGACGAGGAGACGUUCUGGCUGCUUGGUCAGGCAUUAGGCCGUUGGUGAAGGAUCCUAAAGCAAAGAACACGGAAUCCCUUGUUCGGAAUCAUCUUGUUACGGUGUCGGAGUCCGGUCUGCUCACGUGCGCCGGUGGAAAGUGGACGACGUAUCGUCAGAUGGCCGAAGAUGCCGUGGAUGAGGCUGUCAAGCAGUUCAGCCUGCAGACAAGGCCUGCGCAAACACCGAGGAGGAUUAGUGGUUCGGAAAAGGUAAAUGAUGCAGCGCCGCUCGAUGGAUCGUGUCAGACACAUCAGGUGCGCCUGGUUGGAGCGCAUGGGUAUUCCAAGACGUUGUUUAUCAGCCUUAUACAGCAUUUUGGCAUAGAGACCGAAGUGGCUAAACAUCUCUCCGAAGCUUAUGGCGACCGUGCAUGGACUGUCGCAGCUCUCUCGAGUCCUACAGACGAACGAUUUCCGGUUCGAGGCAAGCGAAUCUCACCACUUUAUCCAUUCGUUGACGGCGAGGUCCGGUACGCUGUGCGCCAUGAGUUUGCCCAGAGGGCUGUGGAUGUGAUCGCCCGGCGGACCAGACUUGCCUUCUUGAACGCCCAGGCGGCGCUUGAAGCAUUGCCCACCGUCAUCGACUUGAUGGCCGACGAGCUGAAGUGGGACAGCAAGCGUAAAGAACUUGAGUGGAAGGAUAGCGUGGCUUUCCUUGCCUCGAUGGGCCUUCCCAAGGGUAAGCUGGGAGUAUCACGAAGAGACGUUGAAACUGGCCGGGCUGGCUUUGCGGACGACUGGGAACGGAAGUUGUAUUCAAGAUAUGAUGGACCUGCAGAUACGCUGGCGAGCGAUUCGAAGCUCCAACCUGGCCAAAAUCCAGGUUUGGGCCCUGAGUCCCCAGCCAACAAGUAG